AUCAAGUAUUGAAAGUGGAUAAUAUCAAGUGGAAGAUUUCUUUUUUUGGACUUAAGAUUUUGAUACUUUUCUGUUGAUGCUUGGACUUGAAGUUAAAAGAACUGCAUCUACUCCUGGUAGAAAGUCAACAUGUUUUUGGGGAGAUAUAUUUUAGGAUAAAUUGAUGGAUGAUUUAACAGGUCUGAUAGAUUUAGGUGAAAAGAAAUAGAAUGGUUUGAGUGAAAAGGACAAUAUUUGCUGCCACCUGUGGGCUUUGACAGACACUGCCAUGUUUGACAGUGGAGCAAGAAGAAAAAGAAGGAAAAAUAAACAGGACCAAGUGCAGAUAACUGAGACAGAGAAUGUGGUCAAAGUCCAGAGUGACCAGCCCCACCUGGUCAGUGUUGGUAGUGGACGCUUCUCUACAGCCGUCACUAUUCUUCCCUUACAGCAAGGAAGAACAAAUAUAGGGACUGUUGAGGCCUCUCUCCCACCAGAUAUUACAAUAACUGGCACAGGAGUGGAGAAAGAACAUUGUUACAUUGAAAAUCAGGAUGGCAUCAUUACAUUGGUUCCUGUUGCUAAGCAGUGUUACAUGGAUGGAACCUUGGUUACCAUGCCAACAAGGUUGGCUCAAGGCUGUAUGAUAUGUUUGGGAAGGUCUAACUACUUUCGCUUCAAUCACCCACGUGAAGCAAGGAAAAUGAAAGAAGCGAUGCCAAACUGUCGUGUUUCUUGUGCCCCCCUGCAGUUACUACAAGAUCUGGAAAACAAUCCGGAAUACCUGAGGAUGAUCUCGGAUGCAGAGCAGACAAGCCAACGGAGACGCUCGGCAGAUCCAUCGCAGAAUACUCCGGAAAUAACCAACUAUCGUGAUGGCCUCGAGGAAGAUGAGUUCUUGAAUAAAGUGUGUAAAUUUGAACUCAUCUCACGUGGCAAAAAUUCACCAACUGCUAAAAGCCCCACAAACAAGUCACCAGGAAAAUUUAACAUUACCUCGCCCGAUGGUAGAUCUGGUCGAAGGUCUGGUGAAAAUUUUUAUUUCGGUGAAAAACUGUUUAGUAAAGAUACCGCUACGACACGUGUUUCUGCAAGCAUUUUACAGUCUGCCAAAUCACCAAAGACAGACCAAAUUUCUCAGGAUAUUAAUGCAAACUCUGUAGGUAGCUUUGGUAGUGUUUCUGUUCGGAGAAAAUCAAACGAAUCUCGGAAUUCUGGUUCUAGCUUUAAGUCAAGAUCGUCAACAAAAAGUAACGAAAGUCAAAACAUAUCCAUAAGCGACACAAGUUCUAAUUCUGCAAAUAUCUUUUUUAACAGUCCAGUUUCUCCAGUGAGAAAAACUGAACUUGCAGCUUCACCUUUCUUUGAAGGGUCAAAUUCACCAAGGUCAGGGUCAAGUUCACAAAAGUCACCAGCAGUGGCGCCAAAACCUGAGUCACCAAAAGUUAUUGUAGACUUUGCACAUAGCAGUCAAGACCCAAAACUUGAAAAUAAGAAUUUAAGUGCUAAAAAUAGAUCAGAAGUGAAGGUCAAUGGAUUAACCAAUGGAAAGGAUUAUUUGACUGUUGAAAAAGAGGACAGUGACUCUUCAGGAAGCAGAAAUACAUUUGAUGGAAUUGAUUUUGAUUUUAAUGAAUUGACAGAAAGUCAGAAAGACUUGACUUUAAAACAUAGGGAAAUAGUUGCAGAAAGAAAACAGGAACAGGAAAUGGAGAGAUUAGAACGACAACGUCUUGAAGAAAUUUUGAACAUGUGUGCGGAAUAUGAAAGACAAAUCGAAGCUGAACAAACUCACACUUUGAAGAAGCAACAAGAAAAGUUUGUCGUAACAGAGAAAGCCCCGAUUCCUCCUAUCCCACCUCUUCCUCUGCAGUAUCAACAUUUACAGAAUAACCACAGCAACCAAGGUCAAAUGUCACCUGGAUUUAACCAAGGUCAGAUUUCACCUAGAAUAUCGCAAGUUAAUCAGCAACAGGUUCAGUCCCAGAGGCAUACACAAGUACCGAAAGGUCUGGACUUGGAGACACAGUCACUGGAAAGGCGGGAUUUGGCCAAGUCCGAAUACCGUAGCUCAAUGACGAACAAAAUUAUGACCAAUGGAUCUCUUACAAUGCUUUCGUCACCUACAAACUCUCAUAAGGAUUUUUUCCUUGGUUAUCAAAUGAGAAAAUGUGGAUCAAAUUCGUCAAAUUCUGAGGAAGAGUCUUUAUGCGGGAGUUCAGAGGAUACUGGAACAAUAAAGCGACGACCAAAUUCAAAUCAAGGUCCUUUCAGUACAGAAAGACCAAAAAGUCCAAGGACAUCACCAAGAAGUCCAAAGCCUGUAUCUAGUAAAAACAAUGUCCAGUCAAACUCGGUCACAUUUUCUCCAGACCAAUCACAAUCAAGCAUUCAUUACAGUUCAGCAUUUUCUUCAUCCAAUCAGAACACUCCAACAACUGUGGUAUCAUGGUCACAAAAUAGUCCAACUCAGGCACAAAAUAGUCUACAAAAUGACUUCGCAAAAACGUUUAAAAUAGAACCGCUAAGAUUGACAAAUGUAAGUGUAGAGUUUGUAGAAAGGAAACAAAUAGAAAAUUUAGAGGAAGGCAGUCAUGCCUCUACAUAUAGUGAACCAGAAUGUGACCUUCAAAUGAAUCAAGAUCGGCUUAAUGAAUUACAAAUUCAUGAACCUGCUGAUAAUAUAUCAUACCAGGGAACAAGGGAAGGUGUUAUUCAGCCAAAAAGUUCGGCUAACGGAAAUUAUGCAACUGGGACUACUUUUAGUGUUAAACCUUCAGAAAUGGAGACUAAUCACUCGUAUGGUGCUACUUUCUACUCAUCUCAGUGUAAGAAUACGGAUCAUCAUGAUUAUGUUAAUAUAAACGGAUCUCAUUAUUCAGAUUCCAACAGUGAAAGUCCAAGUUCCUCAAGCGCGUCAACUGUGUGUCCAACAAGUUACCACGGAUUUAUUAAUAACAUUCUGUCUGCAGGAUCUCCGAGAUCUUCAGGCUCGAUAAGUGAGUCAAAGUCUUCGAGUAUUGAAAAUGUCACCCCUAUAAAUAGCGACAAUGAGUUUAACACAACAUUGACGAAAGAACAGGCUUCUAGAGCAUCUUCAACAGGGACCACAGACUCCAGUGAAUGUUCUUGGGGAACUGUAGAUGAAGUAGAUCCAUAUUUACAGCUAGAACGGCUAAAGGUGAACAAAUCUGACCUCUUGAAGAAAAUCUCCACACUCAAACAACAGAUUGUUGACAUAGAAACGCAGGAAGAUGAGGCUCUUAGAGGGCUGGAGAUGGAGCGAGCGUUACUGGAGGGUGAACACCAGACAGAGAUGGAGAGAUUACAAGAUGACCAGGAAAAGAUAAGACAGCUGAGGCACAAACAAAAUAUGUUGAUGGAAAAAGCCACCAGAGAAAGAGAAAAGGAAUUGGCCAUAAUUGAGCGUGAAAGAAAAAAGCUUGAGAACUUGGAGCUUCAGAAUGGGACCCUCGAAAACCAGCUUGAAUUAUGCGCCAGCGAAGAGAAGUCGACCAUCUUGGAAAAGCUACAGAAGAAUAAAGAAAUGUUGGACACUCAGCGGAAAGUGUUUGACGACCUGGAAUUUCAACAGUUAGAGUCAGAGGCAAAGUUUGAAGAAGACAAAGAACAGUCACAAAGACGCUUACUGGCCGACCAGAACAAUCUGUUAGAUAGAUACAGAACAAGGGAGGAAAGCUUAGAGCAAAUUUCCAAUCAACAAAGGGAAGCAAUCCAAAGUGUGAGACGAGACAUGGAGAAAUUCGAAGCAGAAAGACAGAGGUCUAUAGAAACAUUCAAACAGGAGAAAGUAAAAUUGGAUGAAGUAAUGGAGAGAAUUACAGAAAUUUCAAAAACUUUAACAAAAACGAAUGGCGUAGACAAACUCCUGGAAGAAAAUAAUUCUAUAGAUUUGGACUUGCAUAUAGAGGAAAGAGACAGCGAAUUAUCAAGAAAAAUUGAAGAGUAUCUACAGUCUCCAUCUACCAGAAACACGAAUGCAUUUCGAGCGCUGGAAAACGCGAUCCAGACUACAAAUAACUUGUCAUACGGUCUUCCACCAUUAUCACCAACUUCGCCGCAACCGUUGACGAGUUCAGGUGAGCGAAAGAAAUCAGCAACCCUCCUGGAAAUUGAGAAAAAUCACUCACUCUUCCUGGAAACACAGGGGGGCAACGUAAUUGAGCAUGAGAAACGUCGCAUAGAAGAGCUUCGACGAAGAGCGGCAGAUGAAGGUCGUGCCCAGUGGGAGGAGAAGAAACUGCGAGAGGCAAACUGCAAAAGCUUUAAUUCGCUCGAGUCAGAGGACUCUAGUAUUUCUAGUAGCUGUGAAACACCAUCGGAAAAAGAGAUCAGUGUUAGUAGCGGGGAGGACAAUUUAGAGAAGUUACAGGAAUUAGAGAGACUUCUUGCACAGGCUCAGCACGAGAAAAUGAGGCUUAUGGAGGACCAGGUAACAUUUCUGUCAAACUUCAUAGCGACUGUUCUCAAAUUUUGCAUCGAUAUUCGUCUUAACCCUUACCCUGCUAAAUUUCUAUAAUGAACUUGUCCAUCUUUCAGUUUGUACAGUACCAUUAACUGUUAAAAAUGGUGCUUACCAAAAAGAUACUGACUGAAUGGCGAUAAGUGCAGAUCAUGAUCAGACUACACUUGACGCAAAGGCAGAAUCAAUCGUUUCCAGCAUGAUAAGGGUUAAAACUCUCUAAUGAAGUACAAUAUAAGUGUCUUGUAAGAAUGGGUUCAUUUUCAGCUUACCUUUAUGACAUGCAAAGGUGAGAUAUUGUGGUCACUUUUUGUCCAUUCUCUGAAUGUUCAACUGUCCACACUUAAUGAAUGACUUUCCCUGAAACCAUUUGGGUGAAUUUGGACAAGAAGUGAUCCUUGUGGAAGAGGGAAUUAAAGAAACAGUUCUUUGUUGGCAGCAUUUCAACAAUUUGGGUUGGCAUUCUACAGAACUAUAUGAAAGAGAGCUGAAAUAUCUUACAAUUUUAUGCCAGAAACAGUUUCUAGACAGCUAAGUCAAUAUGUUGAGAUGAAAUGAGUUUAGGGUAUAAGUCUUCUAAUCUAAGUUUAACUUCUAGCCUGCCGGCGGCAAGUGUUUUGCCUUCAGAGCCAGUGCAGACCAAGAUCAUGGUCUGCACUGUUCGCUAUUCAGUCAGUAAAUUUUCAGUACACCCCCUCAAAUAAUAAAUGGUAUUACCCUAACUAAAUGAUACAAAUCAUAAAAUGGUUAGAAAUGUGACAAA